CUAUCCAGUGCAAACCAAAAACAUCCAUAUGGUUGGGUAGUGGCAAUGGUUCGGACGAAGCUGCUCGGACGAAGGCUCUCCCGGUCGUCUUCACCCCCCAAUUCGACCUAACUUCAACUCCUCGGUUCUUCGUCCGAGCCAGUGGAUCAGCCCAAAGAGCCAACCCAACCCAGCAGGACAGAAGCGUCUCAGAUUAUUCUAAACAUGCGAAUGAGAAAAGGGACCCACAGUUGUAUCGCCUGUCGACAUCGGAAAGUUCGCUGCAUAUUCCCUCCGGACGAAUCCGACGUGUGUUCCCACUGUGCGAGGCGAGGAUCUGCAUACAUCCCCCAAGGCGUGUCACCUGAACUGGAUUCUGGGAAUGGUGUAACUCGUCAACGUUGCCAAGCCGGGUCGCGAUCUUUCACCAAAUCUGUGGCUUGCGCCACACCCGAGCGACGGACCCCAAGUGGCCCGGCCCGUUUUAAGGAUGCCCUGAAGCAUUUGCGGAAAAGGAUAGCGAUCUCACUUGAUUCGCAUCGAGAGGAUGUCCCCACUCGAGGCGCCGGUGCAGUGCAUGGGUCAGACUGUGCAGAAUGACUGUGCACCGGUUAUGAAGCUUUUGAACCAUGACUUGGUAUGGCGGUCACUGUUACACCAUCGCAGGAAUCCAUCCUAAAACAGUCCAGAUUGGUCGAGUUUCCGAGUCUGAUAGAGAUGCACCUCCAAUAGGCUCAACGCA